UUGCUGCUCUGGGGAUUAGUCACGUUCAUCAUGGUGCCUGGCUUCAGGACAGACUUCUGUGACGAUCCGCCACAGCUCAGCAAAGCCACCUUCAGGGCCCUCGCCUACAAGAUCGGCACCAUGUUAACCUGUGACUGCGAGGUUGGCUUCCGCCGAGUUAAAUACGGGUCAUCCUACAUGCGUUGUACAGGAAACUCCAGCCACUCUUUCUGGGACAACAAAUGUCAAUGCACAAGCAAUUCUCUUAGGAAUCCAGAAAAUGUUACAACUCAACCUGAAGAACAGACAGAAGGAAAAACCACAGAAAUGCAAAGUCAAAUGGAGCCUGAGGACCACGUGGACCUUCCAGGUCACUGCAAGGAGCCUCCACCUUGGGAACAUGAAGCUAAGAAGAGAAUUUAUCAUUUUGUCGUGGGGCAGACAGUUCACUACCAGUGCGUCCAAGGAUUCCGGGCCCUCCAGAGGCAUCCGGCCGUGAGUGUCUGCAAAAUGGCCUGUGAAAAAACAAGCUGGACCCUGCCCCUGCUCACCUGUGCAGAGGAAAGCCAGCACCAUCAGUUUCCAGGUGAAGAAGAGCCUCAAGCAAGCAUGGAUGCCCCUCCUGAGAGCAAGACUUCCUGCCCUGUCACCACAACAGAUUUUCAGAAGCAUACAGAAGUGGCUACCACCGUGGAGACGUUGCUAUUCACAGAGGAGUAUCAGAUAGCAGUGGCCGGCUGUGGAUUCCUGCUCAUCAGCGUCCUCCUUCUGAGCGUGCUCAGCUGGCAACGGAAAUGGAAGAAGAGUAGAAGAACAAUCUAGAAAAGAGUGGCAAG